AGUGGUAUGAGAGACGCAGAGCCAAUAACUAUUGUCACAAUUUAUUAAGAAUUGAAAGUUUGGAAGAACAACAAAAUCUAACCUCGGAGCGGACCAAUUUGGGGCUUAAGCGAUAAGCCUAAAUUAGAAAAUUGUUAACGGGAAAAAUUCUUUAUCUGAUUGGAUUACAAUAAAUAUAACGCGGCCUUAUCUAGAAACAUCCAAGGUUGAGGUGCAGGCCGAAAUGAGUGUGGGACUUGAAUCCCCGCAUAACGGAUACUUGCCGCCGUCGGGAAGUCCCGGGAGUCCGCCGGCAUCUCUUGCCGACAUGAUUAGCCGGAAUAAGAUGCUCGAAGCGGCAAUCCCGAAAUGUGCUGGAUGCGGGGAGCCAAUAUUGGACCGCUUCAUAUUGAAAGUAUUGGAACGAUGUUGGCACGCCCGCUGCCUCAAAUGUGCCGACUGCCAUGCCCAGCUCACAGACAAAUGCUUCUCAAAAGGGGACCAUGUUUACUGCAAAGAUGAUUUCUUUAGACAUUUUGGUACGAAAUGCGCAGGGUGCGAUCGAGGUAUUCCUCCGACGGAAGUAGUUCGGCGUGCGCAGGACAAUGUUUAUCAUUUGGAAUGUUUCGCAUGCCUUAUGUGCAGCCGACAACUCAACACGGGAGAUGAGUUUUAUUUAAUGGAGGACAAAAAACUUGUUUGUAAAACGGAUUAUGAAGCAGCGAAAGCCAGAGGUGAGGAGGGUUUUGGUGACUAUGGUCUUGACGACGCCAGUAAGCGUCCACGUACUACAAUAACAGCCAAACAGCUUGAAGCACUGAAGCGAGCGUACAACGAGAGCCCAAAACCCGCACGUCAUGUGCGGGAACAAUUGAGCGCUGAAACCGGCCUAGAUAUGAGAGUUGUGCAGGUGUGGUUUCAAAACAGACGUGCCAAAGAGAAGCGUCUAAAGAAGGACGCUGGCCGACAAAGAUGGAGCCCAUAUUUAAGACAACUGAAAAAGAAUGGCGAUAUCGACAGCUCUUUAAGUGAUGAUCGUUCGGAAGAUGGCAUGACAGACUACCAUGUUGACAUAGAUGAAAUGGACCCCGGCUCUGUUCACAGUGGGCGUCUUUCGAGUGAUAUAUUUGCUGGUUCCAUGGAUCAUGAACAAAAUAUGACAGGCCAUGGGCACCAUGUGCCUCCAGGUACGCCUCCCAUGGAAAAUUGGGGCCCUUAUGGUGGUAUGAUGAACACAUCUAAUUUCAUGGAAAGGAGAUCCCCUGGUAUGAAUGGACAUUUAAUUCCAAUGGACGGAAUCCCGCCAAUGAUGGGCGGAAAUCCAAUGGCACAAAGGAUGAUGCCUCCGGAUAUGAACGAUAAUGGCCGUGGUUAUCCGGAUUUUGGUCCAAAUUCAAAUCACGUGGAAGUUUAUUGAGUGUAGAUCUAUUUCGGAUAGUAAAUAAAAUUGGAUUAUUCGGGGAUGAAAUGCGCAUAUAAUGUCUGGAGUCACCUCAAGUAGAGCGAAAGUCGAUAUAGUAACUUGGACUUGGGAUCUUAGGAAAUUCUAGGUAAUAUACAAAGCAUUAUGACAUGUAUCAGUAUCAUCUGUUGGCAUUUGAAUACUAUGGUAGUCAUCGAUAUUAUGUGACGUAAAUGUUAUGUGACGUCAUGAGAAAAAAACUGGAACGAAUGAAGUUUUGAUUAGGUAACAGAAAAAAAUGGAAACUUUUGUGUGUGUACUUUGUGAAAGAUAGCCCUUAUGUUUGAUGCUCAUUAUGUUGAUAAGUAAGUAUAUUUAUGUUUAAUAGAUAGUAUACUUUGAAAACUGAAAAAUUAUCUACAUAUAGUAUAUAUAUCUACAUAGAUUCCAUAUUACUCUAUCUGUACAAAAGAGCUUCUUGUACGUAAAACACAAACUAUUCUUAUUCUGGUCUUUUGAUUUAUAUUGUAAGCGAACAUACCUUUUACGAACAUUGACGAAAUUUGCCGAUUGCCAGUGUGGGCUCCUCUAUUAAUGAAGGUGAUUAAACCGGUAGAACCCAUUAAUGUACUGAUUAAAAAAAAAUGGAGAAAAAAGGCUAAGACAUAUUUCUUAUUUUCCUUUAUCUAAUUUUCCCUUCAUAAGAAUAUUGUUUUUCUGUAUAAAUUUUAUUUUUAUUGUUUUUGUUUUUAAUUUUCGUACAGAAAGAUUGGUAAAGUGCAAUAUUUACAUAUCAGUUCGAAUAAAUUUAUGUGCGAAUGUUAUUUAUCUGAUUCUUUAGUCCUUGUCUUAUUUAAAACUACUCGUUUGCAGUUGGAAAUAGUCUGUCUUUAAUUUCAUAUACUUUAAUCUAUUAUGUGUGUGUUCCUGGAAUUUUGGCAAGAAGUUUACAAUUGAAUAUUAAUUUUCUUCUCAGUAUAUUGACAAGAAUGAUAAGAAACGUGACAUGAUUAUUGUGUAUAUAACAUGUAUGUUGAUAGAGAUUUAACCAAAAUCUGAACAGUUUUUCCCCCAAAAAAUUAUUAACUUAAAUAAAUAAUUUGAAUAAAAAUGUUGCAAAGCGAAAUCUGGCAAUGUUUUGAUACCGUGUUUUUAGCACGAUUUUCGCGACAUUUUUUAUAAUAUGUUCAUGUCAGAAGUUAAUAAGAGAGAGGAAAAUUGUAAACGAGUGGUUUAAAAAAAAUUAUACUCAACAUGUUUUCUAAAUGGACACUCUUUGUCUGAUUUAAUUUGCAAAAUAUGCCAUAAAACAACAACAACAACAACAACAACAACAACAAAACGUUCAAUAACAUGAAGAGAAAGAUUGAACAAAAGGUUAUUAAAUGCACAUGGACUAUAUAUGAAAUAGUCAUCUUCUGUUCUAGUACGUUAAGCGAUGGCUGAACAAAAACUUUUAAAUAUACUUUAAUUUAGGGACUUUCGUUUUUUUAAGUAAAUUUUAUUUAUAUUACUGACAGGACCAGAAAAAAUGCAUGUACGAACAAACAAUUUAAAAGUUUUUAUUUUACGUUUUCUUUACCUUUUUAGAUCAUAUUUGCUCUUUCUAUUUAAAUGGUAUAAAAUAUAGUUUCUUUUUCAGUUGUAAAUUUUGCAAACUAUAGUACUUAAUGCACAAUCUGUUGUUUAAUUUUCUUUAAUUGACUGAUUACGCAGCAUUUUGCAGCAUUUUUUUUUGAAAAUGCUUCUAGCUUGAAUUGGGAAAUAUGAGGCUUUUUUUCGUAAAUUUAAGAAAAUUCUAAAAUGUUGAUAAAAAAAACAGUGACUUAAGUUUUUUUCAUAUAGUAUGUGUCAAUCAUAUAACGUACAGCUACAUUAAAAUGUCAAAACAGCUCUAGUGUUCCCAGAAGCUGAAAGAGCUAGACAUUAAUAGCAGCUGGGAUA